UAGUCCUGCGCACCCAAUGGACGCGUUCAGCGGACUCAACAGUUUAAUGAGCACUCGCUGUUAUUGGUGUUUUCUUCUAGAUUAUCCAAUCAGACCUUUAGAAAAAUAUAUAUCCAUUGAUCACCAACUAUCAUCUGCCGACUCUACCAUCCGCGUCACGAGCAGACGAGCAUCUUCGAGUGUUUCUGCGUCUUGUAUCAUCUUGUAUCGUAGGCUGUUGUAGGCUGUCGUAGGCGUCGUCGCGUAGGCACUUGUGCAGAAGUUUCUCGUCAGCGUUUUAACAGAUUUUAAAAUAUGGCAGAUGACGAGGAUGAAACAUAUAAAUUAUGGCGUAUCAGGAAAACUGUAAUGCAAUUAUGCCACGACAGAGGUUACCUCGUCACGCAGGACGAGUUGGAUCAAGAUCUAGAGCAGUUCAAAGAACAGUUUGGAGAUAAACCUAGCGAGAAGAAGCCAGCCAGGAGCGAUCUUAUUGUUCUCGUGGCGCAUAAUGAUGAUCCUACAGAUCAGUUAUUCGUCUUCUUCCCUGAUGAACCAAAAAUUGGCAUCAAAACCAUCAAAACUUAUUGCCAGCGUAUGCAGGAAGAGAAGAUUCACAGAGCAAUCAUUGUAGUCCAACAAGGCAUGACACCAUCGGCUAAGCAAUCUCUGGUAGACAUGGCGCCAAAAUAUAUACUAGAACAGUUUCUAGAAUCUGAAUUAUUGAUAAACAUUACCGAGCAUGAAUUAGUACCUGAGCACAUUGUCCUAACUCCGGAUGAGAAGGAGGAAUUAUUGACAAGAUACAAAUUGAAGGAAAAUCAAUUGAUGCGAAUACAAGCUGGUGACCCGGUGGCGCGAUAUUUUGGUUUGAAACGUGGACAAGUUGUUAAAAUAAUCAGAUCGUCAGAGACUGCGGGAAGAUACAUAUCUUACAGGCUGGUUUGUUGAAGAAGGAGAAGGAAAGUGUCAAGGAUAAAUCGCUAAGGUCUCUCACAACUUACAGGAGAAAUAUUUAUCGAGUUUACUUGAUAAAAUGUAAAAAGGAACACUACAGCUCGAAAUUUGUCAUUUAUUGUAGCAAUAUUUUAUAAUGGUGCAUCAUCUCGUGUCCUACAUUAUACCAUUGCUUUAAUAAUAACUGCAAUUGUACAUUAUCAUGCUAUGUAAGAAACCACCCAGUGUUGAACAUCGUACAAUCAGCAAUAGUGAAUAAUUACAAUUCUCGCAUGCGAA